AGAAAAAGAUGGCGUAUUUCGAAAAGGAUAUCCCACGUGUAUACUCUACAUUAUUCAAGAUGUUUUUAGUCAUAAUCCCCACCUUUAGCCUGUUAAUUGGUUUCAGUUCUGCUUCUACCAUUCAUUUAAUCCCACACAGUCACUGUGAUGCUGGAUACAGGCUCAGCUUUGAUGACUAUUACAAAUCACAAGUCCACUCCAUCCUAGAUUCAGUCAUACAAGCACUCCACGAGGACAAAGCAAGGAAAUUUGUAUGGGAAGAAGUCUCUUUUCUAUCAAAAUGGUGGAUGGAGGAUGCAAGCACAGAACAGAAGGACACAUUAAGAGAGUUGCUAAGCGAGAAGAGGCUUGAAUUUAUUGGUGGAGGUUGGGUCAUGCAUGAUGAAGCAGUAACUAAUACAUAUACCAUCAAUACUCAGCUAAGUCUUGGGCUUGAUUUCCUCAGUAAAGAGUUGAAUACUAGACCGAAAUACGAGUGGCACAUAGACCCAUUUGGUCACUCCUUGCUGAUGCCUGAGUUAUACUCAGCUCUCCAAUAUAAGGGGAUAGUCAUCAACAGGAUACCUAAUGAUAUAAAGCAAAGAAUGCGAGAGACUAAGAGUCUGGAGUUUUACUGGACUUCGCCUUAUUCAAACGCUAGCAUGUUUACGCAUGUCCUUGGCGAACAUUAUUCAACUCCGACAAUGCUUGGACUCGACACUAAAGAGAGAGCAGAGUCUUUUGUGUCAACUUGUAAGACUCGCCUCUCUUGGUCGCGUACAAAUCAUCUACUCGUUCCUUUUGGAAACGAUUUCGCAUUCUUCAAUGCCAGCGAACACUUUAGCACGAUGGACAAAAUAGUUGCAUACAUUAAUUCUCGUUCUGAUGACUUUGGGAUGACAGUGCAAUAUUCGACGCUAAAUGACUAUUUUACAGCUGUACUCAAUUCUGGUGCAUCAUUCCCUUACGUUAAUGGUGGAGAUUUCUUUCCAUACAUAGCUUGCUAUCCUUGUCUCUCUGAGAGAUGUAAUGGCGUGAAAGGAGUAUUAGACUCUCCGUGUGGGUAUCUGAUUGACGAUGGAUACUGGAGUGGGUUUUUUACUUCAAAGCCUUCCCAAAAAACAUUAGCCCGGAAACAAAACUCAGUAACAUUUGCGCUACAAUCAUUGCUAGCUUUCAGUCAAACCAAUGAUGCUCAUGUACUGGAUUCAUUAUUGUUGUGCAAGGAGACACUCUCAUUACUGUCUCAUCACGAUGCCAUUACUGGAACUAGCUUUCCUAAUUGCUAUGAAGACUAUGAUAACAGAUUAAUGUCUGCAAUUUCUUCUGGCUUGAAUAGCACCGCCAUUUUAAAAGAAAUUGCAUUGUGUGGUAAACAGGUGUCGUUGUUGAGUGCUGAUAUUCCUAACACUUUACAGAAAUUAAAUGAUGACAAUGUUGCGGUAGCUGUAUUGUACAAUCCUGAUGGACAUAAUAGGUCACUUUAUUCUGAGAUCGAUCUCCCGCCCAGUCUUUGUGUACAGGUCUCUGAAUUAUCAACCAGUGGAGAGUUGCUGUCCAUACCUUACCAACAAGUGAAGGAUAAAGUUUACAUUCCUGGACAAUUUGAACCUUUUGGUAUAAAAGUGAUGUUUGUGACUAAGAAGACUUGCUCCCAGGAGAAACAAGAAGGCAGUAAUGCUGAUAGAGCUAUGACUCUAAACAAUGGUGUAAUAUCCUUAUCGUUUGAUGCAUAUAAUCGGUUGAGUGAGUGGAGCAAUUCCAUCAGCAAAGAUGAUAUGGAAAUAUCAGUAAAUUUUGUCGAAUAUUUUGAAAAAAAGGCUCCCAGUUUUGUACCACAUUCGGUCUGCGAUGGGACCAAUGUGUAUACGUUUGUACCUGAUGAAGGCUCAAAGGCUGUUAUUAAUGAUACGACAGUUCUGCCUAUCAUUCAAACUGCUUCUGGUCCUCUUAUGUGGGAAAUACAACAAAAUAUACCAACUGAUUCUUGCCCUAUCAAAAUUGCAUAUAGAUUAUUCAAGCCAAUCAAUAAAAAUGAUUUAUACAAUUAUUUCGUUGAAGUACAGCCUACAGUUGGUCCUCUUCCUGAUUUACGGGAUAUGUCAAUUAGUAUAGCCUUUAAUACUAAUUUAAAUUCAAAGAAUAGCUUUACAACUUACACUAGCGGAUUUUACCCAAUGUCAAGAGUAUAUGAAAUGGAUGUUCCUCUUCAGAAGAAUUAUUAUCCAUUGGUUGGAAGAGCUCAUUUAAGAGACAAUGGUGACAAUAAAGCUUUUGUAAUAGCUACUAAGAGGCCAAUGGGAGUGACUGCUAAUGAAGGAAGAAUGGAACUACUUACUCAUAGACGCCUACAAAUGUUAGAUGAUCCAAGAGGAGAUGAUACUUCAAUUAUUAACGAUACAAUGCUACUUGGACUAAUAAACUCAGCUGAUGUUGAUAGUGUUUCAUUGCAUGGUAUGCAGCAGAUCCAGUCACCAAUAUUAGUUCAUGUUGCUGUUGUUGAAAAUAAAGAAAAGUGGACAACAUCUUGUUCUACUGACUCAUGGAGCCCAUUCAGUCAACCAAUGGAUGAUAAUAUACACAUUAUCAGUGUUGAAAGAUUAACCGCAUCAUCAACUGAUUCUAAUCACAGGAUUGGAAUGAGAUUAAUAAGUGUUAAAGGCGUGACUCGUAUCAAUUUAGCUGACUUUUUAAAAUGGACGAUAAAGGAAAUAACUGAAACGACUCCAGACUUUGGUAUAGUGAAGUCAAGUAAUGUCACAGCCAUUGACUUACUUCCAAUGAGAAUGGCCUCACUUAUACUAACAGUAGAGGAAACUUUUUAAAUGUAACUUUUUGUUUGUUUGCUUGCUUGAGCUGAAUAAGAUUUUUUUAAUAUUAUUAUUAUGUAAACAAAUUUUUUAAGAGAUAAAAGAUGAAGGUA